UUUAUGAAAUUACAAAGCCAUGCUUCGGUGAAAGGGAGCUGAAAAAAUAUCUUUUAACAUUGUGCGAUGGAGAAGCCAGUUUUUCAUCGCUAUAAAGGAGAUCGUCGAAAUGGUGACAUUUGGGAAAAUGCAGUGAACGAUCCAUAUAACCCUAGAAAGGGUUUAACGACAGCUUAUGGGUAUGAUUUACAGAAAGAAAGUUAUUCAAAAACAUCAGUGCAAGAAUAUUCAUCUAAAAGCAGUUCCACGACAGAUUCUAAAGUUGCGUUCAAUAGAUCAAACGAUUUUGAAGGAUCACUCUUUGGCAAAAGUAACAUAACCAAAAAGACGUUGGGGCAACUAAAUCAGAACAAUGAAUCAUACAGCGACAAAAUUUGUGACUACAGCUUCGGUAGUUACAACUAUGAGAGUAGUAAAAUUGAAAGUACUCAUACCUUACGUUCAUCAAAUAAUAUAAACAGUGUGCAUUCAACAGAAAACAACAGACUGCAACAAGACAGGAAAAAUAAUAACAUCGCAAAUUAUGACUAUUAUAACAAGAAUGUGAACGGAAGUGUCCAAAACGACUAUUCAACCGCUAUUAGGGGCAGCAGUCAAAAUAGCGGAAUGUCUAACCUCAACACAGGGAAGAUGUCCUCUUUAUUACACUCAGAUUAUCGUGAUGCUGCAACGCAACAAAGUGAAGGGGUUGGCUAUAAGCCCUCCUUGGCGAAUAGUUCGCACCUAAAAAUAGGCAACCCAAGUAUCCAAAAUAGUUCUUUUCAUUACGUGCAAGAGGAGUACAGUAAAGUUACCGAAACAACGACAAGUACCAAUCAUUACCAAUUUUCGAACAAAUCUACUGAAAAUCAAAUAACUUCAUCAUCUAAUAAUCUGCAAUCGAAUGAUCAUACCACAACAGCACACCAUGAUAAUAUCAACAGUGAUCAAACUUAUUCUCAUAAAGAACCAUAUUUUAAAAUUACGCAAACGCAUGAUAAAAAAAACGAAAAAACGGAGUAUUUAUGGGAUCAUCUCCAAUCAGAAAGAGCACCUACUGCAAAGAUAACAACCUAUCAGCAGAAUAAACAAGACAACAAUGUCAAAAUAACUACACCAAGAAAUCAUACUAAAAGUGUGCCUAAAAUGGAACCAAUUGAACCAGAUACACCAUCUUACGUUCGAAUACGAAGCGAAUCAAGAAAUGGAAGAGAUAUACAGUGGACCAUUCCUGAUAAAGGUUUGACAGGACCUGAGUACUUUGUGAAAGCAGUACACACAAGUAGAGCAACAACACCAUUUGAGAAUCAAAAAGAUUACAACGUGAACAUUGACCAAGGAUCAAUCCAUUCUAAUUAUGGCAAGCCACAAAGAAACUACAGCCAGGAUGAAAACAAUUCCAUACAAACGACACCGCGAAAUGAUGCAAAGAGAGUACCUAAAACCGAAUCAAUUGGACGUGAAGAACCUUCCUACAUUCGAAUACAAAGAGAAUCAAGAAGUGGAAGAGAUAUGCACAGGACCAUUUCUAAUCAAGGUUUGGCAGAACCUGAGUAUUUUGUGAAAGCAGUACACACGAGUAGAGCAACAACACCAUUUGAGAUUCGAGAAGAUUACGACGUGAAAAUUGACCAAAGGUCAGACUAUUCUGUUUAUGACAAAACACAAGGAAACUACAUUCAAAAUGACGUAUACACUGAUCUGAAAAUAGACGCUUCUAAAGACUACUUACGACAAAACCUUUCUUUAGAGGUAGAAAAAACAAAUAAAAUCAAGUUUAAUGCAACCAAUCUGGACGACAAUAACAACCACAACAUUACACCAAGGAUUAGAAUAUCAAGUCAUGACGAGGAUAAAGAAAAAUCACCUGAGAUUAAAAAUAAUGCAGGUGUCAACAUGAGAAUUCGUUCACAUUCACCACUGCCUGAUUAUCUUGUUAAAGUCAUAAAACCAGUUGAUGCUGUAGAAAAAAGGGACAAGCAACAAAAAGAUGAAGUAAUAGGAAGCUAUGGCAAAAAUAAAGGGAUCGUUAUUCCUAGGAUCCGAUCCCAUACCCCACAACCUGAUUAUUACAUCAAAGUAAUCAAACCAAGUGAUAACGACAAGCCUUACCUUAAUCUACCUGAUCAAGAUGAGCCGUGUUUUGUUCGUAUUCGAAGCGAAUCAAGAUGUGGACAAAGUUUACAAUGGACAAUUCCAGAACGAGAUAACACUCAACCAAGAUAUUUUGUAAAAGGUGUCAAGAAGGAAAGACCUAAAACCCCACACGACGUAGAUUCAAGGGAUACUGGUAUUUAUUUUGUUUAUGACAAUGAACAACAAUGUUAUAUACCUCGUCAUCACGUUGAUAAGAAUAAAAAAGAAGGAGAUAUAUCCAAAACGCAAAUGAUGCAGGAUGAUUAUGAUUAUACAUCUGGAAACCAAACCAAACCGCAUCAUUUCCAUCAGCAACCUUAUAUGAGAGUGGUUCAAAAGGUCUACAACCAUUACGAAAAAGAUUAUGUUGACAAUGAUUAUUAUAACAUACGCCAUAUUGCACCAAUCAAUAGCAAUGAUAGGAAUAACAGAUCCCUACAAAACACCAUCACAAGAAUACGGUCUCGUACCCCUCAACCAGAUUAUUUAAUUAAGGUGAUAAAACCCAGCAAAGAUAAUGACGAAGAACAUUUGGAUUAUCCAUCCAAGAGCCAGCCUUGCAAUAUACGAAUCCGCAGUGAAUCAAGAUGUGGAAGAAACUUACAAUGGACAACACCUGACCGAAAAGAGGCUUACGUUGCUGUAAAAGAAAAGAACGUUGACAAAGAUUUUGUUGAUUAUUAUAGCAAACCACGACGGGAAAAGUAUCCAGAAGGAAAUUUAAAGAAUUCUAAGGAUGUUCAAAAGAGUAGAGUUAAAAUUGUAAAUAAACACCAAGUGAAAAAUACACAACAAACAAAGAGAAAGGACUAUACAGCUAAAAUAAGAUACGGUAAAAAACAAUUAACGUCUGAUUACUAUGUGAAAAGCGUCAGAAAGAGCAAAGAACAAAUUUUAGAUAACAUGCCUACAGCUUACACGGCUCAACGCAACACAAAAGUCAGAGCGUAUUCUAAAACAGAUAAAAAGCCCACUAUAAAAAGAAUUUAUCGCAUUGGUAGCGUAAGAAAGAAAACUAAUACAUUAGACUACAAAUAUAAACGAAAUGAAGUCUUAAGUAAAUCAACUCAACGAUUAAUUCUAUCUGGCCGCGAUAAGAAAAGAGGAACGCGAGCACAGAAUGAUACCUCAAAUAGAAUUUUCGGUGCACCCGAUAGCGUAUCUACUGGACCAGCUACAUCUGUUGUUCGGGUUACUGCAACACCAUCGGAAGCCGAACAUUCGUAUACCAUUAUAACAUAUACUGGUGACUCAAGGUUUGCUGGCACAGAUGCUAAUGUUUUCGUUACAUUGUAUGGAAGUGAAAGACAAAGUGAAGAAUUGCAUUUGAAGAAAUCGUUAGAUCACGAUGACGCUUUUGAAAGGGGAAAUCGCGACACAUUCAAUUUGAAGUCCAAGAAUCUUGGUUGUCUCUACAAACUAAGUAUAAGACAUGACAACACUGGGCGUUGGCCAGGUUGGCUGUUAAACAAGGUGGUUGUUGUAGAUGAAGAGACUGGAAAGAAGUCCGAGUUCACUUGUUAUGAUUGGCUAUUUAAAGGUUCCGACUCAUCGCUGGAGCAUGAAUUGGAAGUAAACGGCAUUCCAAUUAUGGGUAUUGACAGCAUGGCAGAUGUGAAUGGUCCAGCACAUCACACUGACAAGUACAAAACCAAAUCAGCCAUUGUCCUCCGAAGAGGACAGUCAUUCAAAAUCAAGGUGCAAUUGGCAAGAGAUUAUGAACAGGAUGAUUCCUUUUAUUUUACACUAAAAACUGGACCACGACCCCGUGACAUUGACAAAACCAUGAUCACCGUUGCAGAAUAUUUGCCUAAAGAAUUCCAUAGAUGCAAGGCAGAAGAAAAAUGGGGCUAUACUAUUCGAGAUAUUAGUGAUCCCAAAAAUGUCGAGGUCGAAGUCUUUAUUCCAGCAACCGCUCUUCCAGCUAAAUAUGACGUUUUAAUCGAAAGCGACGAAGGAACACUUUAUGAGCCGCAAUGCCCUGUUUACGUCUUAUUUAAUCCAUGGUGCAAAGAGGAUGAAGUGUACAUGGAUGAUGAGAGUAAGCUUCGGGAAUAUGUCCUGAAACAAAAUGGUCAAAUAUACGUUGGCAAACACACCAGACCUAGACCAAGAAAUUGGUAUUUUGGACAAUUCGAAGAAAUCUCACUGGAAGCAGUUUUUAAACUAUUAGAAUCAGUGAAAGCAAACAAAAGAGAUUCGCCUGUUGAAGUCUCCAGAAUCAUUUCAUCUAAGGUCAACAGCUGUGAUAAUGAAGGAGUAUUGGAGGGGAAUUGGUCUGGCAAAUAUGAGGGCGGUAAAACACCAACGUAUUGGAAUAGCACACCUGCCAUUUUAGAGACAUACAUGGUGGAUUCGUUGCCAGUUAAGUUCGGACAAUGUUGGGUGUUCAGUGGUAUCGUUACAGCUCUCAUGCGUGCAAUAGGCAUUCCAUGUCGUUCAGUAACAAACUUCAGUUCUGCGCAUGAUUCAGAUGGUAACUGUACAAAUGAUAUCUACAUUGAUGAAGAUGGUGAAAAAAUUGAAGAAAUGAGUGCGGAUUCAGUUUGGAAUUUUCAUGUUUGGAAUGAUGCAUGGAUGGCAAGAAAAGAUUUACCACCAGGUUAUGGUGGAUGGCAAGCUAUUGAUGCAACACCACAAGAGAGAAGUCAAGGACUAUUUCAAAUGGGACCAGCUCCACAUCGAGCUAUCAAAGAAGGCUCAAUCAAUAUUCCGUUUGAUACAGGGUUUGUACUUGCUGAAGUAAACGCUGACACAAUAUACUGGCAGAAGAACGGGGAAGGCAAAUUUGACAUUGUGUACAGGAAUCGAACAUCUGUUGGCAAAAAGGUAAGCACGAAGGCUGUCGGCAGUGAGGAGCGUCAUGACGUUACAAAUGAAUAUAAAUUUGCUGAAGGUUCUGUUCUCGAAAAAGGCGCUGUGCGGUCUGCAUUGUUACUUGCUAAGAACGAAGCAGUAAAGGUAACAAGAAAAGAUGUGGAAAUGGAAAUGAUUGUUGGGGAUAGUGUUGUCGUCGGUCAAGAUAUCAGAGUAAUGUUCAAGAUGAAAAACACGGCUAAUGAAGAUUUAAGAGCAACUCUAGCUUUUACUGGACAAAUAGUGCGCUAUGACGGUGUGGCCAAAGCUAAGUUGCAAAAAUACAAAGAAAGUAUUGAUUUGAAAGCAAAUUCAGAGAAAUCAAUUCCUAUUGCGGUUCGUGCUGGCACUUAUAUCAAGAACGUUGGCGACGAUACUAUGCUUCGAUUUAUUGGUACCCUCGCAGUCAACUCAACAGGGCAAAUAAUAUUAUGUGAUGACAUUGUGGCUUUGGAAAACCCAACUCUGGAUCUAAGCAUCCCUGAAACCGCGAGUGUUGGAAAGGAAAUGCUGUUCACAGUUUCAUUUGAGAAUCCUUUAGAUGAGGCUCUUACUGAGUGCGAGAUGUAUGUGGAUGGAAGUAUUAUCGAGAAGAGAAUGUAUAUUAAAGACAUCAAAAAUGUGCCGAAAAAGGAAAAGCUUGAACAGAAAGUAGUAAUAGUCCCAGACGUUGUUAAUGGAACCUCAACGAAGAAGAGCAUCUGUGUUACGUUCUGUUGCAAACAAUUGGGUGGCUUACAAGCUCAAGCUAAAGUCAAUGUCACACAAUAGAUAAAAAGGAUGGAGAGACAUUUGAAAAACUUAUUUUUUUGUAAAUAGUAGUUAAGUAAGCAACUUUAAUGUGAGAAAUUUUCGCGAAAAUCUCAGAUCGCGAAUUUCUUUAUUAACGGAAUAUUUUGUUCGGAUUAAUUUUGCUCAAAAUGCACGAAAACUACGAUGCAAAAAAAAAAACACGCCAACAUCUAGCUAUCCCUUUUUAUCUCUUUAGUACUCCAAGUUCUGUUUCGCGAAAAAUAGAACAUCAAAAAAAUCGCGAAAAUAUUACAACAUUGGAUAAAUCGCGAAAAAUUUUCUUCACGAAAACUUCUCACAUUAGAUUCAAACGACUAUAAUAUGAAAGGAAGCUGCACAAUGCAUGGAAUUUUUAGUAUAUUGAUUGAUUAAAAAAAGAUGACGUUAUUAUCUCUGUG